UCCUGAAAAGCCAGCCCGCCCGGGGCGGCGGCGCAGAGCCGGGCCCGGCGCACGAGGCAGCCAGCGCGGCCAUGACGGCGGAGAAGGCGCUGCCUCUGGGCAAUGGGAAGGCUGCCGAGGAGGCGCGGGAGUCUGAGGCGCUGGGAGGCGGCGGCGGCUGCAGCGGGGGCGCGGCGCCCGCGCGCGACCCGCGCGACAAGCGCGACAAGGCGGUCCACGAGCGCGGCCACUGGAACAACAAGGUGGAGUUCGUGCUGAGCGUGGCUGGGGAGAUCAUCGGGCUGGGGAACGUGUGGCGCUUCCCUUACCUGUGCUACAAGAACGGAGGAGGGGCGUUCCUGAUUCCCUAUGUGGUGUUUUUUAUUUGCUGUGGAAUUCCUGUUUUUUUCUUGGAAACAGCUCUGGGACAGUUCACGAGUGAAGGUGGCAUUACAUGUUGGAGGAAAGUUUGCCCUUUGUUUGAAGGCAUUGGCUAUGCAACACAGGUGAUCGAGGCCCAUCUAAAUGUGUACUACAUCAUUAUCCUGGCAUGGGCCAUUUUCUACCUGAGCAACUGCUUCACCACCGAGCUCCCCUGGGCUACCUGUGGGCAUGAGUGGAACACAGAGAAUUGUGUGGAGUUCCAGAAACUGAACGUGAGCAACCACAGUCAUGUGUCCCUGCAGAACGCCACCUCUCCCGUCAUGGAGUUUUGGGAGCGCCGGGUCCUGGCCAUCUCAGAUGGGAUCGAGCACAUUGGGAACCUCCGUUGGGAGCUGGCCUUGUGUCUCCUGGCAGCCUGGACCAUCUGCUACUUCUGCAUCUGGAAGGGGACCAAGUCCACAGGAAAGGUUGUAUACGUCACUGCAACAUUUCCCUAUAUCAUGCUUCUGAUCCUCCUGAUCCGAGGGGUCACCUUGCCCGGGGCCUCCGAAGGCAUCAAGUUCUACCUGUAUCCUGACCUCUCCCGGCUCUCCGACCCACAGGUCUGGGUAGAUGCUGGGACACAGAUCUUUUUCUCCUAUGCCAUCUGCCUGGGUUGCCUGACUGCUCUGGGAAGUUAUAACAAUUAUAACAACAACUGCUACAGGGACUGCAUCAUGCUGUGUUGCCUGAACAGUGGCACCAGCUUUGUGGCUGGCUUUGCCAUCUUCUCAGUCCUGGGCUUCAUGGCAUACGAGCAGGGGGUGCCCAUUGCCGAGGUGGCAGAGUCAGGCCCCGGCCUGGCCUUUAUUGCUUACCCCAAGGCUGUCACCAUGAUGCCUCUCUCCCCACUGUGGGCUGCCUUGUUCUUCAUGAUGCUGAUCUUCUUGGGCCUGGACAGCCAGUUUGUGUGCGUGGAAAGCCUCGUGACUGCUGUGGUGGACAUGUACCCCAAGGUCUUUCGGAGGGGCUACCGGCGGGAGCUGCUCAUCCUGGCUCUAUCAGUCGUCUCCUAUUUCCUGGGCCUUGUGAUGCUAACGGAGGGUGGCAUGUACAUCUUCCAGCUCUUCGACUCCUAUGCUGCCAGCGGGAUGUGCCUUCUCUUUGUGGCCAUCUUUGAGUGUAUCUGCAUCGGCUGGGUGUAUGGAAGCAAUCGCUUCUACGAUAACAUCGAAGACAUGAUUGGCUACCGGCCACUGUCGCUCAUUAAAUGGUGCUGGAAGGUUGUGACCCCCGGGAUCUGUGCGGGCAUCUUCAUCUUCUUCCUGGUCAAGUACAAGCCUCUCAAAUACAACAACAUGUAUACCUACCCCACCUGGGGCUAUGGAAUUGGCUGGCUCAUGGCACUCUCGUCCAUGCUGUGCAUCCCACUCUGGGUCUUCAUCAAGGUGUGGAAGACAGAGGGGACGCUGCCUGAGAAAUUCCGGAAGUUGACCAUCCCCAGCGCUGAUCUGAAAAUGCGGGGCAAGCUUGGGGGAGGCCCACGGACGGUGAUGGUUAAUGACUGUGACGCCAAACUCAAGGGCGAUGGGACCAUUGCAGCCAUCACAGAGAAGGAGACACACUUCUGAGCAACACCUCCACCUCGGAUGCCUCUCCUUCCUUUCCUCCCCCCACCCCAUGUGUGUAAAUGAAUACCUGAAACAUGUAUUUCACCUAAUGAUAGAGACUUGCUCGUUUUGCACAGGAUUUAUUAACAAGUUAAUUUUAAGGUGGCCGUGUACACUCUGGAAAGUCGCAUUCCCCUCCUUGCCCCCAGUUAUCAUGUAAGUAACAUUACAAAGAGAUAAUACUGUACAGGGACUAGCAGAAUCUUCUGUGCUAGGAUGGUGUUAACCAAUGUUUUCUAGGGGGUAGGGAGAAGUUGUAUCAUAUGGUCAAACUUUUAUACUUGGGCUGUGGGGCAGGUGGGGUGGGAGUGAUGCCUGUUCUCCGUCAGCCUUUUAGCUGACCAGACCACAUCCCACGCUCGUCCCUGAUGAGCUGCCUGUCCUCCAUGCCCCCAGGAAGCCUUUGCCUUCAAAUCCUGCCUUUGCCAUCCCCGAUCCCUUAGUAGUGGGUUUGCAGACAGCAAGGCUAUGUCAGAGGAGAGAAAGUCCCACCAGACUCAGGACUCCUGGGUUAUAGCCCACCCUCAACCCCACCUCCGCCCUGAUCCCUCUAAGUGACCUUGGGCGCUCCCAUCACCUCCCUGGGCCUCAGUUUCCCCAUUUCUCAAAUGGGGAGGGCUGGAUCCGGUGAUCUCUGAGGUCCUUCCUGGCCCUGCCACAUCUCUUGGGGGUUCUCUCAGUGUGCCUCACUGGCUGGCAGUCCUGACCUUGAUCUUGGAUUAUUCUGAAGACUCACUCCCAAGCUAUCAUCCCUGCAUUGCACCUCCUGCUUAUUUAAAAUCAAGUUUGUUGCGAAAAUGAUGUGGUGUUUCCUCCUAAAACUCUAGUUUGAUGCAUCUGUGAGUGGCUCCAUUCUCUGGAGUCCUUCCAGGUCCUCAGCCCCCAUGACAGGGCUCCUCCUGUCCUAUCCAUCUGCUCUCCCCCCUCAUCUCUGCCUCUCCAUUCUCAUGGGGCUUGCUGGCAUCUCCUGGGCGCUAAUAUUUGGGGUCAGGAAGCAGCCGCUGUUCCCUUGUGGCUGUUUGUCCUGCCGCUGCCCCAGCAGGGAUCUGUUUCUAGAACCUUCCACCAGCCUCCCAGGGGAAGGAGCCAUAGUAGGGCCUGAACCCUGGUUUUCUCCUCUGACCCCUUCUCCAUCUGCCUGUCACCUCUUCUCCUUCUUGCUGUCCUCUGCCCUCCUCUCUCUCCCCCUGUCCUACUUCCUCUCAGUCCUCCCCAUCUUCUUUCCUAUCACCAGCAGACCCUCGUCUCAGAGCCUUCUUCCCCACCCUGUUUUUGGGAGCCAUCCUACCUGCCUCUCUCACCAGGUGGCUGAGAAGCCUUGGCACUUAUACUGGAGGGGAGAACUUGGCUCCCACCCCUCCCUCUGUGCAGGCCUGGGGUUGCUGGGGGGUGCGGCCAGUGCUGCCUCAGACCCCUCUGCCUGACCUCUCUUCUUUAACUGGAUUUCAUCAACCCUCUCUCUUGGAUUCUGAGUUAUUUGGGGACAGGGAAGGUGCAUUCUUUAUCCUUUUCCUGUAUGUUGCCGGUUUUAUUUGAUGGAAACAGGAGUUUUCUCCAAACUAAGACUUGAGUUUCCCAUAGGGAACCCACCUGUUUGAUUCACCCAAAACUUUCCAAACUGACAGCUUCUCUACUCUGGCCAGCCCCCACCUGAAGCCCAAGUUUGCUAGAAGGGAUGCCCAGUGCCCACCCCCGAGGCAGGUUGGGACGCCUGGUUCUGGGCCCCCUUUUGCACACACUGCCCAGGCCUGCCUGGCUCUCCCUAUGCUGUCUGACCUGGUGGCCCCAGAAGUGGACUGAGGAAGAUUGGGCCUUGUGCUGAGCCCUCUGCUUGUGUCUGUCCUCGGCUACUCUUCUUCUCCCACCAGGUCCCGGGGAAGGAGACUCCCCCCUGCUGCUGCUACCGAUUCUCCACCUACAGCUCUGAGGUCUUGCUGGGGACACACUGCAUUGUACCUGUGGCACUUAACAUUUCACUCACUUAACACUACUCAUGGGGCAGGGCGGAGGGAGGGCUUUUGCUCUUUGUUUUUUGUAAUUUCCUACUAGUAUUUGGGCAACUUGGGGUGGGGCGGGGAGGGAAAUGUGGGGGCAGGGGAAAUGUCAUUGUGGUGACUUUUUUGAUAUUCAUUAGAAACAAUACAUCCUUUCUGAGAUAUUUACAGAAUUAUUAAAAAAUGAAAAAGGUUGUACUGUUUUACAUAAUGAACGUUUUUAUUGGGUAUUCAAAGGGCACACGAUUGUCUGCUUACUCAUUUUUAAAAAUUAAAGGAAUGAACACACUA